AUGGGUGCUCGUCCGCUGCUGUUGCUCCUGCUGCUGCUGCAGUUGCUGGCGCUAUGCGCCAGUGAGGCCGGUGGAACAGGCGACACAUCGAAUGAAGGCAGCAUACCAUCAACAGAUGGUAAUGCAAGUAACAUAAAGAGUACACCUUCCGCCGCUUCGAGUGAACCAGACACAGACGAUGCAUUUACUCUCAUGUCGUCAGAGACCUCAACUACUACUACAGAAACUACAGAAACAACCGCAUCAGAUCAGCUGACAAAAGAAGCGUCAGCCACAACAGAUGACACGCUUACAACGCCAGAUACAACAGAGUCUUCUACUACUACUACUGACAGUAGUAGUUCUGCGUCGACUGAUGCAUCUACAGAUGAUUCAUCUGUCCCUACUUCAACAGAGUCCACAACUGAUACUACAGUUACAGAAAGUUCAACAUCAGAGCAAUCGACAACAGAAGGCUCAACUGCAACGGAAGACACAGAUACAACGCCGGAUACAACAGACUCUACUACUGAUGACAUAACGAUUACUACUACUUCUCCUUCGACUGAACCAUCUACAGAAGAUUCAUCUGUCCCUACUUCGUCAGAGUCCACAACUGAUACUACAGUUACAGAAACAUCAACAUCAGAGCAAUCGACAACAGAAGGCUCAACUGCAACAGAAGGCACAGAUACAACACAAGAUCUAACCAAGUCUACCACUGAAGACAUAACGAGUACUACUACUUCUCCUUCGACUGAACCAUCUACAGAAGAUUCAUCUGUCCCUACUUCAUCAGAGUCCACAACUGACACUACAGUUAUAGAAAAUUCAACAUCAGAGCAAUCGACAACAGAAGACUCAACAGCAACAGAAAACACAGAUACAACGCCAGAUGCAACCGAGUAUACUACUGAUGACGUAACGAGUACUACUACUUCUCCUUCGACUGAACCAUCUACAGAAGAUUCAUCUGUCCCUACUUCGUCAGAGUCCACAACUGAUACCACAGUUACAGAAACUUCAACAUCAGAGCAAUCGACAACAGAAGGCACAACUUCAACAGAAGACACAGAUACAACGGCAGAUGCAACCGAAUCUACUACUGAUGACAUAACGAGCACUAGUAUUUCUGCUUCGACUGAACCAUCUACAGAAGAUACAUCUGCCCCUACUUCGUCAGAGUCCACAACUGAUACUACAGUUACAGAAACUUCAACAUCAGAGCAAUCGACAACAGAAGACUCAACUGCAACAGAAGACACAGAUACAACGCCAGAUGCAACCGAGUCUACUACUGAUGAGGUAACGAGUACUACUACUUCUUCUUCGACUGAAGCAUCUAUAGAAGAUUCAUCUGUCCCUACUUCGUCAGAGUCCACAACUGAUACUACAGUUACAGAAACUUCAACAUCAGAGCAAUCAACAACAGAAGGCUCAACUGCAACAGAAGACACAGAUACAACGCCAGAUGCUACCGAGUCUACUACUGAUGACGUAACGAGUACUACUACUUCUCCUUCGACUGAACCAUCUACAGAAGAUUCAUCUGUCCCUACUUCGUCAGAGUCCACAACUGAUACUACAGUUACAGAAACUUCAACAUCAGAGCAAUCGACAACAGAAGGCUCAACUGCAACAGAAGACACAGAUACAACGCCAGAUGCAACCGAGUCUACUACUGAUGACAUAACGAGUACUAGUACUUCUGCUUCGACUGAACCAUCUACCGAAGAUUCAUCUGUCCCUACUUCAUCAGAGUCCACAACUGAUACUACAGUUACAGAAACUUCAACAUCAGAGCAAUCGACAACAGAAAGCUCAACUGCAACAGAAAACACAGAUACAACGCCAGAUGCAACCGAGUCUACUACUGAUGACAUAACGAGUACUACUACUUCUCUUUCGACUGAACCAACUACAGAGGAUUCAUCUGUCCCUACUUCGUCAGAGUCCACAACUGAUACUACAGUCACAGAAACUUCAACAUCAGAGCAAUCGAUAACAGAAGGCUCAACUGCAUCAGAAGACACAGAUACGACGCCAGAUGCAAACGAGUCUACUACUGAUGACAUAACGAGUACUAGUACUUCUGCUUCGACUGAACCACCUACCGAAGAUUCAUCUGUCCCUACUUCAUCAGAGUCGACAGCUGAUACUACCGUUACAGAAAAUUCAACAUCAGAGCAUUCGACAACAGAAGGCUCAACUGCAACACAAGACACAGAUACAACGCUGGAUACAACAGACUCUACUGCUGAUGACGUAACGAGUACUAGUACUUCACCAUCGACUGAACCAUCUACAGAAGAUUCAUCUGUCCCUACUUCGUCAGAGUCCACAACUGAUACUACAGUUACAGAAACUUCAACAUCGGAGCAAUCGACAGCAGAAGGCUCAACUGCAACAGAAGACACAGAUACAACGCCAGACGCAACCGAGUCUACUACUGAUGACAUAACGAGUACUACUACUUCUCCUUCGACUGAACCAUCUACCGAAGAUUCAUCUGUCCCUACUUCAUCAGAGUCCACAACUGAUACUACAGUUACAGAAACUUCAACAUCAGAGCAAUCGACAACAGAAGGUUCAACUGCAACAGAAGACACAGAUGCAACCGAGUCUACUACUGAUGACGUAACGAGUACUACUACUUCUCAUUCGACUGAACCAUCUACAGAUGAUUCAUCUGUCCCUGCUUCGUCAGAGUCCACAACUGAUACUACAGUUACAGAAAGUACAACAUCAGAGCAAUCGACAACAGAAGGCUCAACUGCAACAGAAGACACAGAUGCAACGCCAGAUGCAACCGAGUCUACUACUGAUGACGUAACGAGUACUACUAAUUCUCCUUCGACUGAUACAUCUACAGAAGAUUCAUCUGUCCCUGCUUCGUCAGAGUCCACAACUGAUACUACAGUUACAGAAACAUCAACAACAGACCAAUCGACAACAGAAGGCUCAACUGCAACAGAAGACACAGAUACAACCGAGUCUACUACUGAUGACAUAACGAGUACUACUACUUCUUCUUUGACUGAAACAUCUACAGAAGAUUCAUCUGUCCCUACUUCGUCAGAUUCCACAACUGAUACUACAGUUACAGAAACUUCAACAUCACAGCAAUCGACAACAGACGGCUCAACUGCAACAGACGACACAGAUACAACGCCAGAUGCAACCGAGUCUACUACUGAUGACAUAACGAGUGCUACUACUUCUCCUUCGACUGAGCCAUCUACAGAAGAUUCAUCUGUCUCGACUUCGUCAGAGUCCACACCUGAUACUGCAGUCACAGAAACUUCAACAUCAGAGCAAUCGACAACAGAAGGCUCAACUGUAACAGAAGACACAGAUACAACGCCAGACGCAACCGAGUCUACUACUGAUGACAUAACGAGUACUAGUACUCCCGCUUCGACUGAACCAUCUACAGAAGAUUCAUCUGUCCCUACUUCGUCAGAGUCCACAACUGAUACUACAGUUACAGAAACUUCAACAUCACAGCAAUCGACAACAGAAGGCUCAACUGCAACAGACGACACAGAUACAACGCCAGAUGCAACCGAGUCUACUACUGAUGACAUAACGAGUACUACUACUUCUCCUUCGACUGAGCCAUCUACAGAAGAUUCAUCUGUCUCGACUUCGUCAGAGUCCACACCUGAUACUGGAGUCACAGAAACUUCAACAUCAGAGCAAUCGACAACAGAAGGCUCAACUGUAACAGAAGACACAGAUACAACGCCAGACGCAACCGAGUCUACUACUGAUGACAUAACGAGUACUAGUACUUCUGCUUCGACUGAACCACCUACAGAAGAUUCAUCUGUCCCUACUUCGUCAGAGUCCACAACUGAUACUACAGUUACAGAAACUUCAACAUCACAGCAAUCGACAACAGACGGCUCAACUGCAACAGACGACACAGAUACAACGCCAGAUGCAACCGAGUCUACUACUGAUGACAUAACGAGUACUACUACUUCUCCUUCGACUGAGCCAUCUACAGAAGAUUCAUCUGUCUCGACUACGUCAGAGUCCACACCUGAUACUGCAGUCACAGAAACUUCAACAUCAGAGCAAUCGACAACAGAAGGCUCAACUGUAACAGAAGACACAGAUACAACGCCAGACGCAACCGAGUCUACUACUGAUGACAUAACGAGUACUAGUACUUCUGCUUCGACUGAACCAUCUACAGAAGAUUCAUCUGUCCCUACUUCGUCAGAGUCCACAACUGAUACUACAGUUACAGAAACUUCAACAUCACAGCAAUCGACAACAGACGGCUCAACUGCAACAGACGACACAGAUACAACGCCAGAUGCAACCGAGUCUACUACUGAUGACAUAACGAGUACUACUACUUCUCCUUCGACUGAGCCAUCUACAGAAGAUUCAUCUGUCUCGACUUCGUCAGAGUCCACACCUGAUACUGGAGUCACAGAAACUUCAACAUCAGAGCAAUCGACAACAGAAGGCUCAACAGUAACAGAAGACACAGAUACAACGCCAGACGCAACCGAGUCUACUACUGAUGACAUAACGAGUACUAGUACUUCUGCUUCGACUGAACCAUCUACAGAAGAUUCAUCUGUCCCUACUUCGUCAGAGUCCACAACUGAUACUACAGUUACAGAAACUUCAACAUCACAGCAAUCGACAACAGACGGCUCAACUGCAACAGACGACACAGAUACAACGCCAGAUGCAACCGAGUCUACUACUGAUGACAUAACGAGUACUACUACUUCUCCUUCGACUGAGCCAUCUACAGAAGAUUCAUCUGUCUCGACUUCGUCAGAGUCCACACCUGAUACUGCAGUCACAGAAACUUCAACAUCAGAGCAAUCGACAACAGAAGGCUCAACUGCAACAGACGACACAGAUACAACGCCAGAUGCAACCGAGUCUACUACUGAUGACAUAACGAGGACUAGUACUUCUGCUUCGACUGAACCAUCUACAGAAGAUUCAUCUGUCCCUACUUCGUCAGAGUCCACAACUGAUACUACAGUUACAGAAACUUCAACAUCACAGCAAUCGACAACAGACGGCUCAACUGCAACAGACGACACAGAUACAACGCCAGAUGCAACCGAGUCUACUACUGAUGACAUAACGAGUACUACUACUUCUCCUUCGACUGAGCCAUCUACAGAAGAUUCAUCUGUCUCGACUUCGUCAGAGUCCACACCUGAUACUGCAGUCACAGAAACUUCAACAUCAGAGCAAUCGACAACAGAAGGCUCAACUGCAACAGAAGACACAGAUACAACGCCAGACGCAACCGAGUCUAGUACUGAUGACAUAACGAGUACUAGUACUCCUGCUUCGACUGAACCAUCUACAGAAGAUUCAUCUGUCCCUACUUCGUCAGAGUCCACAACUGAUACUACAGUUACAGAAACUUCAACAUCACAGCAAUCGACAACAGACGGCUCAACUGCAACAGACGACACAGAUACAACGCCAGAUGCAACCGAGUCUACUACUGAUGACAUAACGAGUACUACUACUUCUCCUUCGACUGAGCCAUCUACAGAAGAUUCAUCUGUCUCGACUUCGUCGGAGUCCACACCUGAUACUGCAGUCACAGAAACUUCAACAUCAGAGCAAUCGACAACAGAAGGCUCAACUGCAACAGAAGACACAGAUACAACGCCAGACGCAACUGAGUCUACUACUGAUGACAUAACGAGUACUAGUACUCCUGCUUCGACUGAACCAUCUACAGAAGAUUCAUCUGUCCCUACUUCGUCAGAGUCCACAACUAAUACUACAGUUACAGAAACUUCAACAUCACAGCAAUCGACAACAGACGGCUCAACUGCAACAGACGACACAGAUACAACGCCAGAUGCAACCGAGUCUACUACUGAUGACAUAACGAGUACUACUACUUCUCCUUCGACUGAGCCAUCUACAGAAGAUUCAUCUGUCUCGACUUCGUCAGAGUCCACACCUGAUACUGCAGUCACAGAAACUUCAACAUCAGAGCAAUCGACAACAGAAGGCUCAACUGCAACAGAAGACACAGAUACAACGCCAGACGCAACCGAGUCUACUACUGAUGACAUAACGAGUACUAGUACUCCUGCUUCGACUGAACCAUCUACAGAAGAUUCAUCUGUCCCUACUUCGUCAGAGUCCACAACUGAUACUGCAGUCACAGAAACUUCAACAUCAGAGCAAUCGACAACAGAAGGCUCAACUGUAACAGAAGACACAGAUACAACGCCAGACGCAACCGAGUCUACUACUGAUGACAUAACGAGUACUAGUACUUCUGCUUCGACUGAACCAUCUACAGAAGAUUCAUCUGUCCCUACUUCGUCAGAGUCCACAACUGAUACUACAGUUACAGAAACUUCAACAUCACAGCAAUCGACAACAGACGGCUCAACUGCAACAGACGACACAGAUACAACGCCAGAUGCAACCGAGUCUACUACUGAUGACAUAACGAGUACUACUACUUCUCCUUCGACUGAGCCAUCUACAGAAGAUUCAUCUGUCUCGACUUCGUCAGAGUCCACACCUGAUACUGCAGUCACAGAAACUUCAACAUCAGAGCAAUCGACAACAGAAGGCUCAACAGUAACAGAAGACACAGAUACAACGCCAGACGCAACCGAGUCUACUACUGAUGACAUAACGAGUACUAGUACUUCUGCUUCGACUGAACCAUCUACAGAAGAUUCAUCUGUCCCUACUUCGUCAGAGUCCACAACUGAUACUACAGUUACAGAAACUUCAACAUCACAGCAAUCGACAACAGACGGCUCAACUGCAACAGACGACACAGAUACAACGCCAGAUGCAACCGAGUCUACUACUGAUGACAUAACGAGUACUACUACUUCUCCUUCGACUGAGCCAUCUACAGAAGAUUCAUCUGUCUCGACUUCGUCAGAGUCCACACCUGAUACUGCAGUCACAGAAACUUCAACAUCAGAGCAAUCGACAACAGAAGGCUCAACUGCAACAGACGACACAGAUACAACGCCAGAUGCAACCGAGUCUACUACUGAUGACAUAACGAGGACUAGUACUUCUGCUUCGACUGAACCAUCUACAGAAGAUUCAUCUGUCCCUACUUCGUCAGAGUCCACAACUGAUACUACAGUUACAGAAACUUCAACAUCACAGCAAUCGACAACAGACGGCUCAACUGCAACAGACGACACAGAUACAACGCCAGAUGCAACCGAGUCUACUACUGAUGACAUAACGAGUACUACUACUUCUCCUUCGACUGAGCCAUCUACAGAAGAUUCAUCUGUCUCGACUUCGUCAGAGUCCACACCUGAUACUGCAGUCACAGAAACUUCAACAUCAGAGCAAUCGACAACAGAAGGCUCAACUGCAACAGAAGACACAGAUACAACGCCAGACGCAACCGAGUCUAGUACUGAUGACAUAACGAGUACUAGUACUCCUGCUUCGACUGAACCAUCUACAGAAGAUUCAUCUGUCCCUACUUCGUCAGAGUCCACAACUGAUACUACAGUUACAGAAACUUCAACAUCACAGCAAUCGACAACAGACGGCUCAACUGCAACAGACGACACAGAUACAACGCCAGAUGCAACCGAGUCUACUACUGAUGACAUAACGAGUACUACUACUUCUCCUUCGACUGAGCCAUCUACAGAAGAUUCAUCUGUCUCGACUUCGUCGGAGUCCACACCUGAUACUGCAGUCACAGAAACUUCAACAUCAGAGCAAUCGACAACAGAAGGCUCAACUGCAACAGAAGACACAGAUACAACGCCAGACGCAACUGAGUCUACUACUGAUGACAUAACGAGUACUAGUACUCCUGCUUCGACUGAACCAUCUACAGAAGAUUCAUCUGUCCCUACUUCGUCAGAGUCCACAACUGAUACUACAGUUACAGAAACUUCAACAUCACAGCAAUCGACAACAGACGGCUCAACUGCAACAGACGACACAGAUACAACGCCAGAUGCAACCGAGUCUACUACUGAUGACAUAACGAGUACUACUACUUCUCCUUCGACUGAGCCAUCUACAGAAGAUUCAUCUGUCUCGACUUCGUCAGAGUCCACACCUGAUACUGCAGUCACAGAAACUUCAACAUCAGAGCAAUCGACAACAGAAGGCUCAACUGCAACAGAAGACACAGAUACAACGCCAGACGCAACCGAGUCUACUACUGAUGACAUAACGAGUACUAGUACUCCUGCUUCGACUGAACCAUCUACAGAAGAUUCAUCUGUCCCUACUUCGUCAGAGUCCACAACUGAUACUACAGUUACAGAAACUUCAACAUCACAGCAAUCGACAACUGAAGGCUCAACUGCAACAGAAGACACAGAUACAACGCCAGAUGCAACCGACUCUACCACUGAUGACAUAACGAGGACUAGUACUUCUGCUUCGACUGAACCAUCUACCGAAGAUUCAUCUGUCCCUACUUCAUCAGAGUCCACAACUGAUACUACAGUUACAGAAACUUCAACAUCAGAGCAAUCGACAACAGAAGGCUCAACUGCAACAGAGGACACAGAUACAACGCCAGAUGCAUCCGAGUCUACUACUGAUGACAUAACGAGUACUACUACUUCUUCUUCGACCGAACCAUCUACAGAAGAUUCAUCUGUCUCUACUUCGUCAGAAUCCACAACUGAUACUACAGUUACAGAAACUUCAACUUCAGAGAAACCGACAACAGAAGGCUCAACUGCAACAGAAGACACAGAUACAACGCCAGAUGCAACCGAGUCUACCACUGAUGACAUAACGAGUACUACUACUUCUCCUUCGACUGAAUCAUCUACAGAAGAUUCAUCUGUCCCUACUUCGUCAGAGUCCACAACUGAUACUACAGUCACAGAAACUUCAACAUUAGAGCAAUCGACAACACAAGGUUCAACUGUAACAGAAGACACAGACACAACGCCAGAUGCAACCGAGCCUACCACUGAUGACAUAACGAGUACUACUACUUCUCUUUCGACUGAACCAUCUACAGAAGAUUCAUCUGUCCCUACUUCGUCAGAGUCCACAACUGAUACUACAGUCACAGAAACUUCAACAUCAGAGCAAUCGACAACAGAAGGCUCAACUGCAACAGAUGACACAGAUACAACGCCAGAUGCAACCGAGCCUACCACUGAUGACAUAACGAGUACUACUACUUCUCUUUCGACUGAACCAUCUACAGAAGAUUCAUCUGUCCCUACUUCAUCAGAGUCCACAACUGAUACUACAGUCACAGAAACUUCAACAUCAGAGCAAUCGACAACAGACGGCUCAACAUCAUCAGAAGACACAGAUACGACGCCAGAUGCAACUGAGUCUACUACUGAUGACAUAACGAGUACUAGUACUUCUGCUUCGACUGAACCAUCUACCGAAGAUUCAUCUGUCCCUACUUCGUCAGAGUCCACAACUGAUACUACAGUUACAGAAUCUUCAACAUCAGAGCAAUCGACAAAUGAAGGCUCAACUACAACAGAUGAGACAGGUACGACGCCAGUUUCAACAGUGUCCAGCCCAUCAUCGUCCUCAAGUGAAACUGACUCAACCACAACAACACAAUCGACAUCAGGAAGCUCUUCCAUGUCGUCAGAAUCGUCUACAGAGUCUACUGCUGGCCCAACCAUUACAACAACUGUUACAAGUACUUCCACAACAGAAAUUCCAGGAUCCUCGACUACAACGCCUGCUCCACCGCCUCCUCUGAUUCAAGGCGAUGUCACAGAUGAACAGAAUAUUACGUGCAUUUCUAUAACCAUGGCAGUUAUUAUUGAAGUACCUUACAUCACGACUGAUAAUGAGCACAAGACGGCGAAUGUAACAGUCCCCGAAAAUGCUGAAAUUACUGGAAAUUGUGGCGAGGGAAUUCAAAACAUUUCAAUUGUCUGGGAUCCUCCAACAACACAGAAACGUUGGCGAAGGGAGAUUCCGAAAGACAAGAAUCAUUUACUAAUGAGUAUACAAAAGACUGCAGAUGGUCAGCGAUACCAUUUUGCUAGCGUUGAAAUAAUGGUUAUCCUGGAUUCUGUCAACUUCCCAGACGCUAAGGAUCGAGAUACACCAUUCACUUCAGUUGUUACUGAUGCACAACUGUUUCAAGUGGAAGUUGGCAAAGGAAUGGAGUGCCAGCAGACUACUACAAUCAAGGGGACUAAUGAUGCCAUCAUUCAUAUGGAGAAUGUGAAAUACUAUGCCUACAAUAAUCAGCCCGGGGCUGAUUCAGAAAUUACCUAUAUCAACUGUUACCAGCCACAAUCAAGUUACCUGACUGCUGCUACUAUAAUAGCAAUUGUCUUAGGUGCAGUACUUGCAGCUGUUGUACCUUUAAUUAUAUUUUUCACUGUUGUACAUAGAAAGAAAUGUGGAAUGUAUUCACUGAACCCAUGA